AUGGCAGAAGCAGGAGUGGCGGUUGCUCUUGAAACCAUCCGUGAUUUGCUAUUGGAAGAGGGAAGGUUUUUAGCUGGUGUGGCCGAUCAAGUCAGGGAGCUCGAGAGGCAGCUCAAAGAGAUGAAAACCAUCUCCAAUUGGAUCACCGAGAUCAGAGAUCUUGUCUACAGAUCCGAAUCCGCCAUUGAAAGACACGCAGCUUAUCAAGUUUCUUCGAGGAGAAGAGGCCUCAGGCAGUUCGUCCGCAAAUAUUCCUGCAUUUUGGACGAUUGCAACUCACUCCACCAAUUAGGCUCCGAGAUUUCACAAAUUACAUCAAAUCUUGAGAGGAUAAGCAAGGAUAUGCAAGAAAAUGGCAUAAAAAGAAGCAUGAUCAUGAAUCCACAUGGAGAGGGGGAAAGCUCGGGUGGAAACAACAUGUCAAGGAAGAGUUUCCCCUAUUUGGAGAUGGGAGAUUGCUUCCUAGGCAUGGAGGAUGAGCUGAAGCUGCUUGUUCAUUACCUAGGUAAGGAAACAGAGGAUCGGAUUAUAUCAGUGUGGGGAAUGGGAGGCUCAGGCAAGACCGCCAUUGCUAAGAAGCUCUACAAUGAGACGACCGACUUUGAUCUGUCGGCGUGGGUUUGCAUUACUCAGCAAUGUGAGAGUCGAUCAGUUUGGGAGGAUGUUCUGAGGCAGCUAGAGAAUCGGAAGAAGCAGACGAAGGGUGUUUCAAUCAUGAAUGAUGAGUCACGAAUAAGGGCGAAGGUUCCAAAUCUGAGCAACUCAGAGUUGAUUGAGAAACUAUGUGAGAUACAAAGAGAGAAGCGAUGUCUCAUUGUUUUGGAUGAUCUUUGGGAGCUCUCUCAUUGGGAUGAACUGAAGCAUCCAUUUAUAGUCCAAAAUUUGCAGAGCAAAAUAUUGGUGACAACACGGAAACAAAAGGUCGCAGAGAUUGGAUUGGCAGUGGAACACGGCCGUUUACAUAUGGAUGCUGCAAUGGAACUACUAAAAUACAAAGCAUUUCACCAUGGAAACAUUCCAGACUUUGUAUUGGAAGAAAGGUUUGAGAGAAUUGGGAACGAAAUGGUACAUAAAUGUGGGUAUUUGCCAUUGGCAAUUUGUUUACUCGGUGGGGUUUUGAGAGAGAAAAAAUCGAUUGCUGAGUGGGAAUCAGUAAAUGAGCACAUCAAAGCAGCCAUAUAUGGAGAUGGAAAGCAGAUUGAUGAUGUGCUAAAUUUAAGCUAUGAAAGUUUACCCUAUUAUUUGAAGCCUUGCUUUCUCUAUAUGGGUAUUUUCAAGGAGGACGAAAUCAUAUCGGCUUGGCGUCUAUAUAAGAUGUGGAUAUCACAAGGCAUGAUUUCAUAUGAGAAUAUUGGAGACAAUGAUGACACUUUAAUGGACAUCGCUGAGAUGUACUUAAGUGAGUUGGCCUCCAGGUCCAUCGUUCAAGUUAAAAUUAUGUACUCUUAUGGUGUUGCAAAUAGUAGAAAAUAUAGAGCAUGCAAACUUCACGAUGUAGUGCGAGAACUAUGUUUGAAAUUGGGGAAAAGGGAGGACUUUGGUGUGCAGAGCUUGGAGUCUCAAGGUGGGGAACUUAGUACCUUGCUACGGGAAGCUUCCUCGCGUAUGAAAAUACAACAUUUGGCUAUUCAUACCAGAGGUGGAGUCGAGCACGAGCCUAUAGUCAUUUCUGGAGAAGAUAUUAGCAAACAUAUAUGA